AUGCGUCCUCUUGUUGGCAACAUGACUAUUGAUGCGAAAUUUUUCCAGGAUAUGUUUUUGGAGCACCUGCCCUCUUUUAUUCAAACCAUUAUGGUUGCUAUGUCAGACGAUUUCGAUGUUGCAAAGCUUGCUAGUAUGGCGUUAUCACAGCUUGUUGCUGCCCCCAGCUCUGAACUACGUCCUCAUCAGCAAACUCCUCGGCUGGAGAGUACAUGGACCGAGCACCCUGGCAACUCUUCGGGUCGCACCUUUUACGGCUGCGACACCAAAAGUGGCAGACGUUUCAUGGUUGAACCUGGCGCUCAACUGAGCGUCAUCCCUCUCCCACCAACUGAACGCCGUUUCCCCAAUCCUGGUUUUUUGCUCCAGCUGUUAACUCCUCCGCUAUCGCUUCUUUUGGACCUCGCCGAGUUCGAGCACAUGCUUCAAAAGAACAUUUAUCGUAAAUCUGACAGUCCAUGGGCCUCAUCGCUCCAUAUGGUCCCGAAGGCCACUUCUGGUGACUAUCGGGCCUUGAACAAUGUCACCAUCUCGGACUGCUACGCGGUUCCACUUCUUCAGGACUUUGCCAGUAUUCUUUUUGGCAAGUCCGUCUUCUCAAAGAUAGACCUGGUUCGGGCCUUUCAACAGAUUCCCAUCGCCCGGAAGAAAUUUCAACGACGACCAUCACCAUCCCAUUUGGCCUCUUCGAACGCCCUCGCCGCUUUCGGCAAGGUUAAAACUGCCCUAGGCGAUGCCACCCUCUUUACGCACUCAGUCCCUGACGCUCCCAUCUAA